AUGAUGGAUCUUCAGCAUCAAUCCCAUUUCUCUGCCUUUACGCGCUUCUCCGAUAUGCUCAAGGACACGACUAAUCGGCGCAAACAAAGCGCAUCCGGCCACUCCAUCCGCAAUCCUUCCAUCACAGCUCUGCCCGUAGACGCAGACGCCUCAUCAAUGCGCUCCUGGGACUCUGAGAUGUCGCGAGACAGUCGCCGCAGCAGCAUAGGCAACUACGCAGACCGUGUGCGCCAAAUGUUCGACAGAACAUCCACCACACACCACGGAAACGGACAAAGAAAGGGUAUGACAGACCUCCCCGCCGAAGUACUCCAGACCAUAUUCAUCCACCUCGAUUUCUGGGAUUUGCUUCGUGCCAAGCGCGUAUGCAACGUGUGGCGGCAACUCAUCCCUGGUGACUCUCCUUUACUAGCGGAAAUGCUCUACUUGAAGCCGUCCCGUGGGUUACAAAUAUAUAAUAUGGUCCCUACUACUUUUGACCUUGAGCUCGAGAUUACGCCGCAAAGCAUAGAGGAUGGAUUCCAGCCUUCUGGAACGCGUUUUUCCGUCGGCGUACGCAAUGAGAUCAGCCUAAUGAGGAGAUGCUUGGGCCUUAUACGGACCAGUCAGGAGAUUGUUUUCCAUCCCGUGGUUAUGGAUUUUAAUGUUUGGAUUAAGAACGAGAAGGUCAUGGGGGCGAAGGAGGGGUCGUGGAGGGACAUGUUGGUUUCUAUGCCGCCAUUGAGAGAACUUACAUUGAGGCAUGGUCGAAAGAGAAAUGUGGUCAAGGUAUUGACUGCGGGAGAAGAUGAGGAUGGAGUUCGGUUGGGUGCGCUAUUUGAUGUCAUGGACGAGUGGAUGCGGAGGAUGAUAUAA